GGAGCAGAAGAGAGAGAGCAGGAGAGGGAGGGAGAUGGCAGAGAGUGUAUAACUGGGGAACUCAGGAAGAAGCAGCAAAGGGAACAAACUUUUUCUCUCUUGUCUUGUUUUGGACUUUUGUGCAUUUCAUAGCGGACUUCAGUGCUGACAGAGCAGAACAAGGGAUACUCAUUCGUUUGCUUUCUUCAUUGAAUUGCUCUUUUUCUUUAGAUCUCCAGAGAUUAUUUUGUUUUGUGGUUCUUUUUAACAUUUUUAUCUGCUUGUUGUUUAACUGCCUGAGAUUUGAAGAAGCCGUGACCGCACAUUUGAAAUCCUUCCAGAUUUAGCAGCAACUGUGUCCACUUCUGGGACAUUUGUGGCUGCACUGAAACACCAAACAGACAUAUAAACACACACACACACACACACCUGUUGUUGCUGAGGAUUCCCCAGGAGCACGGUCAUGGACAUCUGUGUCCCUGUUGCUUGAGGGAAUCUGUGCGUGUGUGCAGCUGUUAUCUGGUGGUGGCCUCGGUGAAUGUUACAGUAGAAGCUGAUCUGCCUGUCCGGGGUAGAGGAGGGAGAUGUCAUCCUACUACCCACGCACCAAGGACCUGACUCGCACCAGGAAGUCACUGACAGAAUCGCCACCAUCGUCUCCGUCCCCUACAGAAAAAAACUACAGACAUGACAGAGUGUCAAGAUUUGAUUCCAUUGGAGAGAGUGCUACAGACAAGUCACUGGGCCGCACCAGCUCAUACACACGCAGAGAGGCAAGGCUGGCUGCACUGAAUAAACAGGAACAAGACUCCACUGCCAAAGACUAUAAGAAGAUGUAUGCAGAAGCUUUGCAUGAAAAUGCAAAACUCAAGUCCAGGUUGCAGGAGAGCAAACAAGAGCUAGCCAAGAUACGUUCCCAACUGGAGAAAAUCACUCAGAGACACGACACAAUAUCUGAAAGAUCUUCAGCACUUGAAUCAGAAAAAAGGGAAAAACAAACCCUUGAGAAAAGAGUGUCAGACAUGGAGGAGGAUUUAAAGGUCUUAACAGAGCUCAAGUCAGACAACCAGAGACUAAAGGAUGAAAAUGGUGCUCUCAUUCGAGUCAUCAGCAAACUGUCAAAAUAAAAAAAAAAAAGAUGUCCGAUGCUCCUCUUGUGUGUCUGUGGACGCUCCAACCCUGAAAUAGCAGUGUCAUUAUCCACAAGGUCCCGGGUUUUGACUCGUAUCUGAGUUACUGUAUGGUGACAGGCUAGUUUGGUUGCAUUUUCAGAAACAUCCUAGUAAUUCCUGUUAGUACUUGUGAAGAUCCAAAGAGAAGUGUUGGCAAGCUUCAGUUAAUUUUACCAUUAUUAAAAUUAAAGUUUCAACAAUUUUUUUUUCCUUCAUUAGAUGUUGUUUGUUUUAGAAAUAUUUGUCACGUGUAUGAAAUAGGGACCAGGUGUACUGUUGACAUUUCAAAUCCAAACUAAUGCAUCAGAUUGCGUGAGGCUACUGUACCUAAUAAUAUGCCAUAUAACAUUUUGACACUUUUACUUUGGUUGUUACUUGUGCACUCCAUAAUCGUGUUUUAAUAUGUUUUUUAUUUGAAAGAGAAGACAGUCAUUGACUUAGACUGUUUGGAACCGUAGCUUUCUCCUUUAUUAUGAUGUGAGACGUUAAAGACGUUAAAAACUUAUCACAAAAACACUUUGACUUGCUUUCACUAUAGGCUAAAGAUAGUGAAGCAUCAUAAAAUGCAUGUUUUGGGGUGUGUUUGCUUCAAUUGACAACAUUCUCAGGUUUGUCACUCAGCCGUUGCUGCUCGCCACAGUUGAGUGCCUCGCAGAUGUGGAUUUCCUUGGAAAUCUGUGGGUGUUUUUCUACAGUUGCAGGGAUGCAUGAAUGUGAUGCACUUGACAAACCUUUGGAAAAACUAUCAUUCUAACAGAUCAGACACAAAUUUUAGUCCAAUUUUCAGCUUUUUAAAAAUUAGCUAAUAUACAUUUGAGUUUAAUUUACCUAGUAUGCAAAAAAAUGUAACAUGUAUAUGUGGGCUUGAUAAAGGAGACUGUACAAUAGGCAUGAAAGGCUACUUUGUACAUGCACAUGUUAACAGUGCUGCUGUUAUUAGCAGCCCUGUGACACAUUCAAAAUGGUACACUUUCAGAGGAGAUGAUAUUAAUAUUUGCCACACUUUCCUUUUUUGUGUUUUCAGCUGCCUUGCUUUUUUAAAUGCAUGUUCUUCCAAGAGGAUAUUUUUAUUGAGCUAGUAUCUCAUUUUGAAAACAAAUGAAUGCCUGAAGAGAGAGACACCCCGAGUGCAAAUGAAAAUGCCGUAUAUAUUUUGUUUUUUAAUAGAUAUAUAUUUAUUUAUUUAUGGAUGUGUUAGUUUUAAUCUUUAUAUUUUGCCUAGUCAGUUUUGUUUCAGAGGAGUACACUGAUUAUUUUUUAGCUGACCCGUUGGCCUUCCUGUCAUUAGGCGAUUAAAAUACAAACACCAGAAUCGUGCACUUCCUUGUUAUCAUUGCUCUGUGAGCCUUCACAUUAAUUGGGUGGCCUUAAAAAUCAGCAAAAGCCAGCGCUGUGAAAUAUAAACUGUUAUCAGCUCUUUUAUUCUGCAAUGAUUUCUCACCAUUUUAAUAGGUCUGCAGUUGUUCAAAGACUUUGUUGCCAAUUUAUAAGGCACACCUAGCUUCAGAGCAAGCCUGUACUGCAGGCCUUUUAACAAACCAGAACUUUACCAAGCUUCUGUUUUUGAUCUGGUUGUUUUUGUAGGCUAUAUUUACUAGUUCAAUAUUAGUGAUGUCAUGUUUUUAUUAGUUGCAGUAUGAAGGCACUUCUUACUUCUAAUGGUUAUUUAAGAACUAAACCCACAAUGCAACAAAGUGUAGAGAUUGUGAGUUUGCUUUAAAAUAGGGUUUAAUACAUCGUGAUUUAUAAACUCUGCAUUUCAGACUAAUUUGCAUGAAAUCUCCUUCUGUGCUGUACGUGGUGUGAAAGACACACCAAGGAUUUUGGUAUCAGUCUUUUUUUCACUUAAUGGUUAAGUUAACCAAGGUCCUCAGUGUUUCCUAUAUUCCUUAAACCAUGUGAUGGUUUUGGAGUCCAGCCAUGCCACAUGCCACAUUACCAGUGUUAUAUUUGCUCACGUCCACUAAUUGAACUAUAAAUAAGCUACAGUAUGAUUCUGCUCUCUCUACAUGUGCUGUAGAUAUACUGAUUUACCGAGUGAUUGUAUAUUCAACAGUCUGAAAUGUUCUGAGUGGUGGCUUAACACAGACACAUUACUUAAUUCACUCUACUUAAUAAAUGGUAAAAGGAUGAAAAUGUUUUGUUUUUGUGACAUUAACACACAACGAACAGAGGAAGAGGAACUGGGUAUUAAACACAAACAAGUCAUGGUAAUUAAAAGGCCUUUAUUUCCUAUUUGUUUUUACAGAACUGUUAACACAUAUGAUAAAUUUGUAAUAAGUUAUUUGGUUCCCUUGAUAACUUUAUAAGGAUCCCCAACGUUUGUCCACAUAAGGGUCAAGAGGAGUUUGUGAGCAACGUUUGUGUCCAGUCAAGGGCUAAAGCAUGCGAUCCACAGUAGGCACAAGUACUGACAUGAACACGCGCACCACGACACUAGACACGAAGAAACACGGCUAGAGGACACAACCUGACUGUCCUCUGAUGCUUUAAAAGAGGAUGAAGAGAAAGAGGUGAAAAUAAAAAGGGAAAAGAAGAGUCUUGAGAAUACAGUUGCAUCAGGGAUGAGGGGUGGAGGACUAAGCGCUCAAGAGGGGAGUUUGGUACGCUCCUGCAUGUUUGGCAGUAUACAGUAUGUCCAUGUUGUAAACAUGAAGGCCGGCAUUCUUUACGCUCAGCAAAAGCAGCUUCAGUGGAGAAAUCAGUGAGCUUGCUUCCUAUUCAGCAUCAUGAAACCGACGGUACAUGGUUGGUUACACGUAAACGAGACAAAGACGCAAUGAGAAAGCAAAUGUGACAGAGUUUGGUGGCACAUCUCUAUAUUCUACAUUAAAGGCAUACAUCACAAAAAAUUAAAUGGCAGAAGAAGUGAUUACACAUAUGCACAAGAAUACAAAGGAGAAGUACAGCGAGUAAUAGAGGAGACAAGACAUCAUGUUUCAAAGUGGCGUUUUUACCCGCUGAGAGGCUCCUCGACACAUUUUGACAAGGUGGUAAAAGAUCUGCUGAACUUUGGAUGGUUUCCCUUUUUAAAUCCCAGCGUUUGCAGAAAAAUCGAAUAAAAUAAACAAACCACAACUGUGUGACCGGUGCUCUUUCAGCUGUCUGCACAGCUGAAAGAGCACACAGCUUCAGAUGCGGAUGUGCAUAAAGAUAUUACACAGUUCCACAACCAGUAAGAGAACAGAUUCAUUUCCAGGUUCAAAACACAACUAAGACUGUUGUUUGACCAUUACAGUCAAACGCACAAAGAUGCACAUUUACGAAUGAGUAAUGUGUCCCAUGCAUGCAGACCUGUACUGUAUAUUGUAUAAUCCAAUGCUGUGGUUUUGCACCGUGUCUGCUAAAGGGCAUACACCUCAUCUUUUUUUCCCACAUACCCAAAUACACACAACUCCCAGUCCCCCAUAGAACUUGUCCAGCGGUCAUGCGACUGCAGUGACCCGAGCAGUAAAAGGUACUAAAAAAAAAACAAAAAUAUAUCUCUAAAGUGUGCUAUAGGUUUACCUGUAAUCACCUUUGCCUCAUCAUCUGAAGUGUUUGUCACUGCUCUGCGUGUACUGUUAUUGUGGCUUUGCAGAUUCAAACAGUGGUGAUGAGUGAAGGCAACCGUAAUUAGGUAGUGGCAGUAUUUUUAGAAAUGCGCUGAAAUUUUGUGUUUAAAUUAUUCUCAGUGCAUCAUUUGGUCACAGUCUAUAGCGUUAACGGGACAGUGAGUAAAAACUAUAUUGCAUUAGACAAUGUGUAGCGUCACACAACACACUGCAGAUUGUUGCCAGAACAGGUGUGGCAGUUUGACAGAUCUGGCAGGAUUGAGGUGAACUUAAAGGAAUAGUUCCACACUUGGAAAACUUGCUCAUGCUCUUGCCUAUUAUUGAUUGGCUGACACCACCCCUGUGUCAUUGGGUUUUUUUUUUGCUUUUUUAAGUAUAAAGCUCAGCACAAAGACUGGAAAAAGAGGUUGCCUCACUCGAAGUAAGAAAAUAUGCCUACUAGCACCACUAAAGCUCACAAAGUAACACAUAAUACCAAUGUUUAAAAUGUUCAAAGACAGAAAAGAAAAAAAAAGGAAUAAAACAAACUAGGGGAGUGUUUUUUUGUUCCAUCAACAACUGAUUUCAGGAUGACUAAAUAACACAAGCUUCAUAUUUUAGUGUGGACUGUGGAAUCAGUCGUCUUUUCAAACUCUCUGCAAACUGGCAAGUCAUUUCCCAAAAUGUGAAACUAUUUCUUUCGUUUAAUUUUACGUGCAUGACAUCAAAAUGAUUUUUUCUGCCAUGUGCCUGUGAAAAUCAUAACUCUAUGCAUAGUUCUAUGGGAGGGAUUCAGGUUUAAAACUUGGGUUCCACUAUUAAGUUUCUCAGUUUUUGCUCUCAUUUUUGUUGCUUGAGCAGUUUGCUCAAAUAAAAAAAAUGAAAAGAAAUAAAAAGAAAACAACAAAAACAAGGGUAACUUCUUAUUAAUUGUACAUGUAGUCACCAGUACAUUCUAAACUCUGCUAAACUGGAAGAAGAGAAACUAGAAGAGUGACCCAGUUUGGUUCAUAAAUUGCACUCGGCCCAAGUAUAGAACACGCUCUCGUAUAUAUAUAUACAUAUAUAUAUAUAUAUAAUUCUUAGCGUUAUUAUUGAGAAUCUAUUGUGAUGUCAUAUCUAUUAUUUAUACUAUCAAAACAAGGCAUAUACAUUACUAAUCACAAUACUGGAAAAUCAGCUACCUCUAUGAAACAAGGACAUCAACAGCUCCGAAAGUAGAAAAAGACACACUCACUCUACUAAACUCACAACUGUUCUCAAUGCUCACAUAUACAUUAAAUGGAUUUUUGCCCUCUUGAUGAACAAAGACCUCUGAAAGGAAUGUAAAAGAGAAACACUGGCCAAGGAAAAUGAAGACAUGUCAGAUUUUUUUCUUCAUAAAUAAACUCUAGCUACUCAGCUGAGCUCUAAAGAGUUAGUGCUUGAGUUUUAUGGCUUUAGUUUUAUCUUAUUCGUUUAUCUUGUAUACAUGUACACGUAUUGUAUAAUAAACACAGCAAAAGAGACACAGCCGUGAAGUAUUUCAGGUCAUUUAAAUAGAAGAGAAAAGUAAAAACUUCCAAGUAAAGAAGAGACAAAAAGGGAUUCCAAGUCAUUCGCGUUCACUGGAAUGGAACUAUUUGUCUUUUGGCCCCAGGAAAUGUAUUUUCUAUAAAGAUAUGAUCCAACAGACAUCUUUCUUGGUCAGUGCUGGCAGAAAACUGACUCCUACAAUCCACCUACAAAUUGCACAUUUAUUCAGCCUUUUCUAAUAAGUUAUUUCAGAAUCACACUGCGUCAAAUCUGCUAUUAGAAACUGCUUAUAUCUUAGACUUGGAGAUCCCCUUUCCCAAACAUUAAAAACCCUAAAUACAUUUUUUGAAAUAAAAAAAAAAAAGCAAUAGCAAUUAAAAUU